UGAGUUGUAAACGCUCCUGGCUGGUUGGAUUCUGCGUGCGGUGGAGGAGCGGCGCUGAACACAACAAGAAGGAAAUUAUAUAAAAUAUAUGAACUUAAUACAACACCACAAAGAAAAUACAAAAGAAAUCUUUUUUAAAAAAACGGACAACAAAAAUAACGCGACGAACUUCUCCCUCAGAUUCUCCCUCAUUGACUGUCUAUUUCCAUCAGCGCCGAGAACAGCCGAGAACAACCAACAUUACUAGAGGAAAACAAAAAUUCCACCCUAACCAGCACUUUGUAAGAAACCUGAAGCUUCUAUCUGAGGCGAUCUAAACACUGCCUUCAGGAGUUUAUAUAUAUUAUAUAUUUUCUUUUGGUUUGCAACGCAGAGUUUACAACUCAUUCUGGUGAUUCAGCAGCUAUGCAGCUGGAAAUCCAAGUAGCACUCAAUUUUAUCAUCUCAUAUUUGUACAAUAAACUCCCAAGGCGACGAGUUAACAUUUUUGGAGAGGAAUUGGAACAGCUGCUGAAGAAGAAAUAUGAAGGUCACUGGUAUCCGGACAAGCCAUACAGAGGAUCUGGGUACAGGUGUAUACAUGUAGGGGAAGCCAUUGAUCCUGUCAUCGAGCAAGCUGCCAAAGAGAGUGGACUAGACAUGAAGGAUGUUCGUGACAACCUGCCUGAGGACUUGAGUGUCUGGAUAGACCCUUUCGAGGUGUCAUAUCAGAUUGGAGAGAAAGGGCCCAUCAAGGUGCUGUAUGUGGAUGAUAACAAUGAUACUGGGACUGAUCUGGACAAAGAAAUCAAAAACAGCUUCAACCCUGAGGCUCAGGUCUUUAUGCCCAUUUGUGACCCUGCUGGGGGCUCAUCUGUAUCCAGUUCCCCAUCUCCCCCAUUUGGUCACUCUGCUGCCGUGAGCCCCACUUUCAUGCCUCGUUCUGCCCAGCCUUUAACAUUCACCACUGCCACUUUUGCUGCUACAAAGUUCGGUUCGACCAAAAUGAAGAGCAGUGGCCGCAGUAAGGUCACGCGCGCAUCCCCCACUAACCUUAGCUUGAACAUGAAUAACCUGCUGAAGCAGAAAACCAUGUCAACAUCCAUGCACUCUCUCUAUGGGCUUGGUGUGGGCAGCCAGCAGCAACAGAAGACUUCAGCCCUUUCUCCCAAUGCCAAGGAGUUUGUUUUCCCUGGCAUCCAGGGGCAGGGUGGUACCAGUGCAAUGUUCCCAGGGGACAGUCCCUUAAACCUCAGCCCUCUCCAAUAUGGUAAUGCCUUUGACAUGUUUGCCUAUGGAGGCCUAAAUGAAAAAUCUUUUGUUGAUGGUCUAAAUUUCAGCCUCAGUAACAUGCAGUAUUCUAACCAGCAGUUCCAACCUGUCAUGGCUAAUUAAAAAGGGGAAGAAAAUUCUACACAUAUAAAUAUUAAACCUUAAUGUCAAAAUUUAAACUUAACUGAACCCAAGGGUGUUUUUCCCCCCUUAACUCCCUUGAGAGUAUUUUUCUUUUUUAUGAAUGGUUUUUGGAAUGGGGGAAAUAAGCUUGUAGUUUUGGCGCUUGGUUAUUUAAGAAGCAUCAAAGCUUUGUUUUUGCCAACCAAGCACAAAAAUAAUUUUAUAUGGACUGUGUACCUUUUUAAAAAUAAAAAUAAAAAAUAGAAAAAUGUUGUGGAGAAAAACCUCCUCAAACAGUAUUUACACUUGGACAGGACACGGGCUGAUUUAACAAUUGGCACUAAUAAAAGUGGGAUUUCUGGUCUUUUGUAAUUGUAUAAUUUAAUUUAGUAUGAAGUUUGUAAAAUAUCAGAGUAUAUAUUGUUUCUACAACACGGUAUUGCAUUUAUAUCUUUUUACUACUUCAGUGAUCUGUGAUGGCUGCGAUAGCUUGCAUUCUAUUUUUUUUUACAAAUCGUUGUAAAAAAGAAAUCCAUAUCCAGAGGCAUCAAACUACUCUUAAAAAGAUUGUGUACAGGAUAUUCCUUAGUGAUGGUGUUUAAAGUGUAGAAAUUUCAGCUUUUUUUGGAAAAACGAGAGUUGUAUUUUCUGUUAAGAGUUUAAAAAAGUAAAAAUAAAUUUUUUUUGCUAUAUAUUAUGGACAAAUGUAAUCGUAAAUAUUAAUUUUGUACC